CGAACCAGUUAUCAACAAUCUGGGAAAUCCCAAAUUCCACCAAGAACAAAUUCAUCAUUUUUCGUCAGUAGCAUCCGCAUUGCAGGAUGCCCACCGUCAUGGAGGAGGAUAUCCAGGCAACGGCCUCGAACCCUAACGAGGCAGAACCGGAAAGAGAGCAAACUUGGUUGGUGUUCAAAUACAUUUACGAAAUCCCUAGCACAGUCCGCAAAGCCCUAGCUAACGUUCUGGAUCGCAGCAACAAGUGGUACGAGUUGGGGACCAAGCAGAUGGGGUUCACAGUCGUGGAGAUGGAUAAUCUAAAGCAGUGCUGCACGAUCAAUAACCGAUCAACGGGUGUAGCGCUAUUGGAAAAGUGGGCAAACUACAAUCACUCUCCCACGGAACUGUUCAUCGUGCUGUCGCGUGAAAAGUUGUACGAUUGCAUGGACCUUAUGAAGCAAUUCGUUGACCCGCGGUAUCACGUGCUAAUCAAACCAUUGGCUGACCGUGCUCCAGCGAGGCCGCUACAGCAGGGCUCGUUGGAGGAACCGGUGGCAAACAGUACGUCUAAACUUCUUAAUGGUGAUCCACCUCCGGCAAACGAACCCCGGAGAUCCUCGGAAGCCGCUGGAAACGCCAACGAUGACAAUCCGUUUGCGAAUGAAAUAACCGAUGUGUCGCAAACUCCGAGAAUGAGCUACGCGGAGCUUACCAAGGCAACGGACAAUUGGAGCGAGCCACGUAUACUGGGCAAAGGAGGUUUCGGUACGGUGUACCUCGGAGUGUUCAAGCACACCUAUAUGGCGAUCAAACGGAUCGACCAAAGCAAAAUGAAAACAAGCGCUGCGGGACGUCUGCAGCUGGAGCAAAGCUUCAAUGAACUACGGUUUCUCAAUGCGUGUCGCCAUGACAAUAUUGUGCCCGUUUUCGGGUUCAGCGUCGACAAGGAACCAUGCAUUGUGUAUCAGUAUAUGGCCGGCGGAUCGCUAGAUAAGAGUCUGUUUGCACGCCGUGCCGUAUCGACUCUUACAUGGAAGGAACGGAUGAAUAUUGCGUGCGGUACGGCCAGAGGACUUCAGUAUCUGCACACGUUCGGUGUCAAACCGUUCAUCCACGGUGAUAUCAAACCGGGAAACAUUCUGCUGACCGAAAGCAAACAGCCACGGAUAGGGGAUUUUGGGCUGACGCGUCAGGGUGCCACCGACGAUUCGGCCACAGUCAUCUCACGCGUUUACGGUACGCGGCCAUACAUUCCAAAAGAGUUCUACGAUCGAAAGGUGCUCAGCACGAAGGUCGACACGUACAGCUUCGGUGUGGUGCUGUUUGAGAUAGCAACGGGAUUGCGAGCCUGGGACGAGCGGCGCCUUGACAAGCAUUUGAAGGACUUGAUGGCUCGCGCAAUACAUGAGAAAGUGCUCAUCUCCGAUCUCAUGGACAAGAGAGCCGCAAAAGACCGCAACGGUGCACUCUAUUGCUACUACAUGCUGCUGCACGGCCACGCAUGUACCGCCGACGAUCCCAACAGGCGCCCGGAUAUGGUAACCGUCAUGAAGCAUCUGGAGAACGUCUUCCAGGGUAGCGACAAACUGGCAAAUGUUUCUUCGCGGCUUUGUGCUGAAUUUACCCAUUACGCUAGUUUUUAACGUCGAUGCCUUGACCUUCACGAAGGAGCGUGCCUUGAUUAUUCUGCAUGGCAGUCAAACUACUGAAAUGUUAAC